AUGGUAGUUCUCGAUAUCGCAGGCAAUGGAUACCGUGAUAUUAUCCUUCCACUGGCUACGCAGGACGACGUCCUCGCCAGAGCGAUCUCGGUAGUUGCAGCAUUUCACCUUACCCGGAAAGCUCCGCAUCUACGACAACCAGCUAUUGCAGGACAUCGUGCUAUUCUCGAGAGGCUGCAGAGAGACUCAUUGCAUCUUCCUCCGGAGCGGAUCUUCACCCCUUACACUUGGGCAACAAUUAUGGUGCUGCUGGUCGGAGAGACCAUCACUGGAGCUGACAAUUACCUUCACCUUCUUGAAGCGCUCACAUGCUUACGACAAUCUCCCGAAGCAGUGGACGCUUUGCCCUCUGCUUUGCGAAAUUUCUUUUGUCAGCAAGUCAAAAUGUUCGAGCUGUUUGGCUUCCCACUAUCAAGCGAGGAGAAAGGAGCCCUUGUCCUUCAACGAAAACCGGAUUAUUAUAUGGACUUCAUGACGUAUCCCACUCUUCCUUCGGCGUCCGAGCACUUGGCCAACUUACAGAUCAUGCGAGCAGCCAUUUGCGACGCCUGCAUGCUUUAUCAGCAGCGGACUGCAUCCUCACUAGCGACGCCAGAUUUUACGUCGCACGUGGAGCGGCUUCGCCAGCGAGUUCUCCCUCUCGAAGCACACACUCCUGGCGCCCAUGCACUCGUCUGGACCUACUUUGUGGCUGCGUCUGAGAGCAUUUUGCCGGAUCACCGAGUUUUCUUUUCUUCGAGACUAAGAGAGAUUUAUGACCUCACCGGUUUUGGCAGCAUACCCGCCGCGCUGACAGCGUUGGAGACAAUUUGGGCAAUGCAAGGCAUCAAACGGUGGACAGAGAUCGCUUGCAAAGACUUGCCGGUAUUAGUCAUGUAA